UAUUUAUCCAUUUCAUCCUAAAUGCAGAAAACAUAUGUAAUGCGGUGCAAGUGCGGGGAGCAGACCUCUCUUUUUUCUCUCUCCCACUAUUCCCACACUCUCACACAUAAGUAAACAUGCGUCAAUGUGGCUACACGUGUAGUACGCGUUGCGUUAGUUGAGCACAGAAACGGAAGGAUCCGUUUCACGAGUGUCGAGCCCACGGUCGAGCCUGGUCGAGCCUCUCUCGAGUGAAGUGUGCUGCAAUAGGGAAUCACCGCGGUGGAGAGUGGGGAAUCACUCGCGCGGCGCGAUUCGUUCCUCGGAUCGGGCUAUAAAGUAAUGCGCUGGCGAGCGGAACGCACGGAAUUAGGGCUCCGAGAUACCGCGUGCGGUGCUACACUGCUACAUGCUAGCGAUGGCUGACGAAACGUCGAGGGAUACGUUGCUGAGUCGCGUGAAGGAGCAGGGGGAAUUGGUGCGACGAUUAAAAGCCGCAAAGGUCGAUAACACGCAGAUAGCAGAGGAAGUUGCCAAGUUGUUGGACCUGAAAGCACAAUUGGGAGAAGAGAAUGGUUGCCCCCAUAAACUCAUCCUCAAAACGCCAAAAGGCACGAGGGAUUAUAAUCCGGAGCAAAUGGCACUGCGAUUGGGAGUGUUGGAAAAAAUAAUAUCAGUAUUCAAGCGUCAUGGCGCUGAGACGAUAGAUACGCCUGUAUUCGAGCUAAAGGAUGUCUUGACAGGUAAAUACGGCGAAGAUUCCAAGCUUAUCUAUGACUUGAAAGAUCAAGGUGGUGAGAUUCUCGCACUUAGAUACGAUUUGACAGUUCCUUUCGCGAGGUAUCUGGCCAUGAGCAAGAUUUCUUCUAUUAAAAGAUAUCACAUCGCCAAGGUCUACCGAAGAGAUAACCCAGCCACAACGAAAGGCAGAUACAGGGAAUUUUAUCAAUGUGAUUUCGAUAUCGCAGGCCAGUAUGAUCCGAUGCUACCGGAUGUGGAAUGUAUUCGGGUUGUGUGUGAAGCAUUGGAAGCUCUAAAUCUGGGAUCAUAUUUAAUUAAGGUGAAUCAUAGAUCUUUAUUGGACGGCAUAUUCGCCGCGUGUGGUGUGCCGCAGAGUAAAUUUCGCAGCAUUUGUUCUUCCGUGGAUAAACUGGACAAGAGUCCAUGGGAGGAGGUAAAGAAAGAGAUGACGGACGAAAAGGGAUUGGAUGAACAUAUUGCCGAUAAGGUCGGCAAGUACGUUUCGCAAUCCGGUGGAGUGGAACUGAUAGCCGAAUUGAGGAAAGACAAAGAGCUGAUGAAACAGUCUGUCGCUGUGCAAGGUUUAGAUUCUAUGGAACUGUUGCUAAAGUACUGCCGCAUCUACAAAAUUCUGGACAAAAUUAAGUUUGAUUUGAGUCUCGCGAGAGGGCUUGAUUACUACACUGGUGUUAUUUACGAAGCUAUAUUGUGUGGAGACGAUGUCGGUGUUGGUAGCGUAGCAGGUGGCGGCCGUUACGAUAAUUUAGUGGGAAUGUUCGAUAGCAAGAACAAAAAUGUACCUUGUGUCGGCGUAUCGGUUGGCGUGGAGCGGAUAUUCAGUGUUAUGGAGGCGAAAUUGGCAAACAAGGGUCUAAAAACGCGUACUACUGAGAUCGAAGUAUUUGUAGCGAGCGCGCAAAAGAAUCUACAUGAGGAGAGAAUGAAGAUACUGGUGGAUCUGUGGGACGCCGGCGUGAAGGCGGAGCAAUCUUAUAAGAAGAAUGCCAAGCUCUUGGCGCAGCUACAACACUGCGAGGAGAACGGCAUCCCGCUCGCAAUAAUCAUUGGGGAAGGCGAAUUGGCGAAGGGUGAAGUUACAUUGAGAGUCGUCUCGACACGAGAGGAGACUCGCGUGCCACGUAGCAACCUCAUCGACGAAAUACGGAGACAGCUAAAAACAUCGUAGCAUCCCCUAUGCUCAACCUUUCGCUGUUGAGAGAUCAGUACAAGAAAAUACUUAUACUGCAUUUAGUUUCAUUUCAAUCCACGUGUCGGAACAGUUUAUUUAUUAGAUUUUGCAUGAAUUUAUUUGUAUUAUUUCGCACGAUGUGCUACGACCGUGAUAAACUUUUUGUCACCGAUAGAUGCUAACUGUGAAGUCUGUAAGUGAAUGCACGCGCGCGCGCGAGGAAGUGUAACUACACUUACCACUUGUGAACAUAUAGGUACAAUUUCUAUACGAAUAAUCCUUUAAUAAUCCGAAUUUCUCCGGGUGAAAUCUAGAAUUUAACCGGAUCUUAAGUUAACUGGUAAUAACGCACAGCUUCGAGUUACCGCUCGAAAAACCAAAUACAUCUUUAUAAUUUAUUCUGCAAGAACUUAUCAAUAAAAUA